ACUAUCCCACGUAGAAGAAGAGGGCGGAGGCCUGUUGAAAAUGUAAAGAGCAGACGAAACAACGCCAAUAUUCGACAGUUCCCGUGAUGAGGAUUUGAACGCCUCCGUGUUUGGGACAUUUCUCAAAAUGCUGCACUUGCAAUAUUAUUAAAUAGAGUAUCAUGUUGAGAUACUCAUUGCCAUUACUAUCUGACAAUAGUUAACAGACAUGCCGUGGUGCCUUAAUACCAAGCGGAAAUAUCAGUUUUAAAGAUUAAACAGUGGAAGCCAACACAUUUACAUACAUUUAUUUAAUCAAAUUGCAGUUUUAUUCUUGUAUACACCAGCUCAAAACGACCUAGAUCAUGGUAGACAAUCGCUAUGCCACAGCUCUGGUGAUCGGCUCGGUGCUGAGCCUGAUGGCCACGGUGUACCUCUCUGUGGCGGUGGGCACUCAGCACUGGUACCAGUACAGCUGUCCACCGGGGAAACGUGAGGGGAGCAACGCCACCGAGCUCAGAGAUGAGUUCAUCAAUGGAGAGUUUGAUGAGAAGAACUACAGCGAGACCCUGUUCCGCCUGAACGGCACCCUGGGGCUGUGGUGGAGGUGCAUACUGGUGCCAGGCCAGUCCUACUGGUUUAAAGAGCCAGAUCCGAAGAUGGAGAGGCAGUGUGUGAGCUUCACUCUUCCUCAGCAGUUCAGUCCAAAGUACAAACAUCUCGGAAACCCUAACAGUGAGGAAGAUCUGCUGAGAACAUACUUGUGGAGGUGCCAAUUUCUGCUACCCCUGGUGUCCCUGGCUUUGGUGUUCCUUGGCGGCCUUGUUGGGGUCUGCGCCUGCCUGUGCCGCAGCUUCACCCCCACCUUGGGUGUGGGAGUGCUCCAUCUGCUCGCAGGUCUGUGCACUCUGGGCACCGUCUGCUGCUUCCUGGCGGGCGUGGAUUUGCUCCAACAGUAUUCCCCUCCCCCAGAAGGGGUGGUGGGCUCGUUGGGCUGGUCCCUCUACCUCGCCCUCAUCUCCUUCCCCCUGCAGAUGAUGGCAGCUGCUUUGUUUCUGUGGGCGGCGAGGAGUCACCGCAAAAACUACAGCCGCAUGACGGCGUACAGGGUAGCCUAAAGAGAGACUGCUACAACUUCUUACCUGAAUCAGACUACUGCUCUGAGGACUUUCUUAAAAACACAUCUGUACUGGUCACUUCCUCUGUUACAAUCUUUAAAUAGAAAAAAUCAGUAACAUGAUAUCAUAGAUCUAGGCAGGGACACACCUAACCAUUUUUGCAGCGAAUCAUAAGUGCUUAUAAUAAGGUUUAAAACCUGUCAGGUUAUUUCACCUUUUAGUUUUUUCUCAGAUCUCUAACCUAUAUCUUAGCCAAAGCAUGUUCUCUAGUGUAUUUUACCAGAUGUUGUGGGUCAUUUGUUUUAUCUGGUGUUAACUGUGUUGGUGUGCUGUAUUUUAAUGCCUUCUUUUUGUUUGCCAUUGUUUCCAAAGCUGCUCACCACAUUGCCCUUAAGUCAGUAAUAGGUAGAUUUUAAACCCGUCUUUAUCUAAGCCAGGGUAGCUUUCUCUAUUAGUGCAUGACAAAUAUUAUAAAAGCCUUUUUUUAUGAUUUCUUUUUUGCAUGCCUUUUUUUUUUUUAAGCUGACAUUACUGUCAUCUGUAGUAGUUGUUGAUUUCAGCCUGUGGUAUGUGUUGACUAAAUGUCACUUAAACUGUAACCACUCCCAUUAGCACCUGUGUUUAUAGAAUACAUAUUUAUUAACACGUAAAAUACUGAGUUGAUUUGACGCCACUUUUGCAAACUUGAUACCUCUUUGUAACAUUUAAAUUCUAAUGUUUCAGCCCCAAAAUUAUACUACUGCCACUUCAUAUUUGUUAAACUACUUGAAAUGUUUUUCUAGACGUGGUUGCAGUCGGUUGUCUGUUCCUUUCUAAAGGUCUGUUUGUUCAGUUACCCAACUGACUGGGUUGACAGCCAAAUGUUGCAUCAGUUAAAGCCUUUUAAAUACUGCUCCAUGAUACUUCAGAGCAAAUAGACGGGUGUUUUAAACCAGUUGAAAUUGCCGAAUUCACUUGCAAGUGAAAAUCGUCAGAAAUGUAAGCCUCUACACUCAACAUUUGCCUGGAAAGUGAAUGAUAUGUCACUUUGUUGUGUGACCAAUAUUACACAUUUCUUUGUACCAGAUUACAAAUUGUGAUGUUUUUGUGUCACAAUGUUUUGUUAUUCGUCUCAUGUGUAUACACAGGCUUUUGUAAAUGUUUUUAUGUAUUCUGAAGCACACUGUUCCUGUUUCUGUAUUGAUAAAUUGACAUUUGCUGA